UAUCCAAGGUUGAAAAGUUUUUUCCAUUUUUGACGAGUCAUUCUAUGAUUUUAAGAACUUUUUUUUUAAAGUCCAUGCUGUUGAGGGUUACCAUCCCUUCUUUCUGAAGGGGAAUAAUGAACACCAUUUCCCAUUGUACUGGGUAGAAGCAGCCCCUGUCGAGAAAUAUAAUUUGAUAGACUUGAAUGAGGUUGAGGAGGCUAUAGUUGAGUUCUUCCGAGAGGCUUGGGGACGGGCUCCAAACCUUGAUACCAAAAAGUUCCUUCUCGGGACUCCGAGUUAUGUUCAUACCGAGCUAGAAAAAAUGAAAAGCUGUUCCAAGGCUUACCAAAAAGUCCAAAAGGCCAAGAGGAACACCCGAGCUCGAGCUGCUCAGCUGCAGGAGAGUGGCAAGUCGGAUACCCCUUCCCCAAGCAAGUCCGACACGAGUACUUCUUCUCAGGACAAAUCGGAAAACAUUCUUCCUCCUCCUCCUCCUUUUGCUUCCACCCCCCUGUUCCUCCCUUUUCAAAGCCGAGUUCUAAGAAAAGAAAGACCUCAGAAUCUAGUGGCUCCAUUGUUUAUGAUACUGUGUUUGAUGGACUAAGCUUUGUUAGAAAAACAUCCUUCCUCAUAGCUUUGUUGCCAUGGAUGAUGUUUCGAUUAAAAACCAUCUCCGAGUCUUGAUCUGAGGGGGGAUCUGAACUGCUUGGGUUUGCUCUACUUUUCUGAAAGAAUUGGAGAGGACUCCUUUGAAUGCUACUUAGCAUUCUUUCGACGCCCUUUAGGCCAAGGUGGCUUCUCUUUGGGAGAGAGAGAAGGGACUGAAGGAGGAGAAGUUGUCCUGGAAACCGAGCUCUCUAAAGCUCGGGAAAAAGAAAAACAAUCCUCAGUUUCCUGUGCUCGGGCCGAAUGUUUACUGAAGAAGGCCGAACAAAACUAUGACUGAAUUUUUUGGGAGAACAUGGAUUUAAAGGAGGAGGUGAAGCAACUUAGGGAGGACUAUGUUGAUUUGGAGGAGUCAGUUGCUGAGGGAACAGAAGAGGUGUUUGAAAUUUCGAAAAAGCAUGUUCAGGUUCUUGCUCCCGACUUGGACUUAUCCCCUCUUCAUCCUGACAAGAUCGUAGUUGACGGGAAGAUCGUCUCUCCUCCCCAUCCACCUACUGACUCCGAGCUGAAGACUGCUGGUCAGCGCUUGGUUGAGUCUCCUCCUCAAGAAGUCGUUGCUCCCGAGGAGGUGAUGCUGAGUUCCUCCCUUCAGCCAAAAGCAACUCCAACAGAAGAGAAUCCUCCGACUUCCUCCGCCGAACCUGAUUCUUCUCCAGCUCAUGAUCAGAAUCCUUUAAUUGGCUAUGUUUAAUAUUUCAGUUAAGGCCUGACU